AUGAAGAUCACCUGGACUCUCGCGGUUCUCUCGCGCUGCGCUUCCCUUGCGCUGGCCGCUCCCACGGAGCUCGUCGCCGCCUCGGACGAGGUUUCAGCUCUCGAGGACAUGCCCGCCCUCAGACUCUGCCACCAGACCAACUUCAACGGCGUUUGCGAGACCUUCACGAUCCACGACAAGCAGUGCAGCGAGUUCCCCAACGGCUUCGAGGCCGGCGUGAAAUCCGCGCGAGCCUUCCACGCCUCCCACAAGCCGGUCAAGUGCACCUUUUUCACCCAAUCCAACUGCCUGGGCGACUACUGGGACAUGCCCGGCCAGGAGACGCGCAACUUCCCCAAGCAGUACCAGAACGCCACCCAGGCGAUCCGCUGCGUCGUGGGCGAGCCAGGUCUCGGCCCUUCCCAGAUCCUUGUGGACUAG